AGGAGACGCGCGCGGAUAGUAACGACACAGAUGCGCUCAUCAGUUGAGGCGUGAGGACGACACGAUUCGCCAAUACUACAGCUAAAAUGCGACUCUCAGCACAUUAUAGAGCAUAAGCGCUUUGUAUGAUGGAUAUGUAUGCUACUGGUGGAUGGAUUAACACGGGAACCUUAACCUAAACGAAUUUAAUGGGGAAAAUUAGAAGAGUCUCAUUAAGAUGACACGCACAGAUCCACCUGAUAUACUAGUAUCAACAGUGUAUCAAGAUGUUAAAGUGAACUCCCUCUCGAACCACUCUAAAGCCUGUCAUCCCUCAAAACAAUGUGAUUCCCCAUCCAUCAGCAAACUGGAGAACACUCGAAAAAGCAAAGGCAAAAAGAGGCACUGCCGUAGCUUUGACACUGAGUCUAUGGACAAACCCCGAUAUCAUACAAUAGCAAUGGAGUACCCAUACCGAAGGGCUGAAAGGAAUGCGGCCAAUCCAGAGGUUGCCUGGAACGCCUUAGGUCGCCAACAAGGGCAUGGACUCCACCGGUUUUCUUCCCCAGACAUAUUUAGCUACCGUCUCACCUCCCAGCCAAUGACUGCUGAGAUGUCUGGUGAAAUUGCUGUGACAGAACAAAAGAGGAGGACUAGAUCUAGAAGUGCCUCACGGGUUCAGACCAGCCUAACUCCUGUAUCUUUUGAUGCUUCCCCUCCAGUGGCAAGGAGGGGCCGGGAAGCUCAAAGGGUGCAUCGAAAUACUCAGCCAAGGCCGGAAGUUUCCCCAAGAAAAGAGUCUUCCUAUGCCGCCACGCGAGCACACAUGAACGAAGUACAUCCCAUCAAAUUGCAGCCGCAGAGGAGUGAUACAAGCAGGUAUUCCCCUGUAUAUGUAUCUGAAGGCUUUGAUGAAGGAAGGCCAGAGAAACCUGCUACUAGUCCUCAUGUUCGGUGCCGGGUGGACAUCAAACCAGAUGAGUUGGCCGUGCAGCAAGGAGGCCGAAAGGCAGCUACACCCCAUGUGGACAUACCUUGGCAGAAGUAUCCCAGCAGUGGCAGUCGGAGUCUGACAGUGCCUCGCCAUUUCUCCACUUCGAGGACACCGACUCCCACUGAGUCCUUUACUGGAGAGUACAGGCAGGCGAAUCAGUAUUCCGAAAGUAUGUCAAAUAGCUACAUACAGCCUAUGGAGAUCCCUUUACAAAAGGUGGUCUCGCCACGGGAGCCAAGGGAACAAUAUGGACGGGAACGAAGGGCUCAUUCAAGCCCCAAUGUGCCAACUAAAUUCUUCUAUGCAGAGGAUUUGGGGAAGUAUGGAUCUUCAGCUCCAUCAAGGACUUAUUAUCAAGAUGACCGAUACAGCAUUCCUAGCCAACCCUAUUCACCUAAAGUUCAAUAUGUACAAGAUCCAAGGACUCACAUUGUUCAUACUGUACCUUCCCGGCCAUAUUUCACAGAAAUCGACACCUGCCAUUACCCUGGACAGCCUGUGUACCCUAAAACCUAUGCUGCAAGUGAGCCAGAGGCAUAUAUAAUACAGACACCUCCAGCAAGGACUUUCUAUGGCGAUGACCCAAGGACAUAUCAGAUUCAAACGGCCCCCCCUCGGAUCUUCUACAUGGCCAACCCCUACACGCCACCAAUGGAGCAUCAUAUUCCUGCAAGGGCAUGUUACACCGAGGGAAGACGACAUGCCCGUGUGGUGCAGCCUCAAUCAGAGGACUGGUACGGCUCAGAGGUGUCUGGCUACUCAAGCCAUUACCCUUCCUCGUAUGUCUCACAGGUUACUCCCACAAGAGUUAGACAAGAGCCAAAGCUCACAACUUGGUAUGCCAACCCAUGCAUGGAGCCAGCAAGAACAGUAACAGACCCUAGACCGUACUCAAGAUCUUGGGAUAACAUCCUUGAUACCCAUGUAGAGCGAGCACAGCCAGUACCCCGAGGGAAAAGUGAUGAGAAUCUUCUUUGUCAGGGGGUACUACAAACUUCAAGUGAAAGACCAAAACCUGUGGUUGUCAACCUUUCCAGCUCACCAAGGCGUUAUGCUGCACUGUCCUUAUCUGAAAACUCUUUGAUUGACAAAAGUCCAACUGAGGCCCGGAGCUCUUCGAGUAAACUGUGGUUUGUCACACCUGAGAUUACCAUCACAGACAAUGAUAUCAGACCAAGCAAUCUUAGUAAACCAGAAGCACGCUCUGCAAGUUGGGAUGUGUUGGAUUCAAAAAGUGCCCCAAAUCAAGAAGCCCCUCAACGUGAAGCAAAGUCCCGCUUUGGAGAAUCUACCAAAGAGAAAACGCACAGCAGCACAUCCCUACAGCAAAGUUUAGAGCAGCUUGAUGAGCUUCUAGCUGACCUUGUCAUCGAUUACAAACCUCCAACUAGGAGGACCAGUGAAGACCUGCUUGAUCAAGGAUCAAGGAGAAAGGAUUCGAUGGCAGGAUCUGAAAGUGGCAUGCCACUUGACAAACAACCCACUUCAAUAAAAAUAGAUCCUGACACACUAAGAGACACUGAUGGGAGUUGUGACGGCCUGAGAAGUACAGAAGAGUGCUCCCCUGACCAGAGUCCCGAUGAGGACGACACAAUGAUGUGUUCAAACAAUAAAUGCCGUCGGACUGAGACCUUGUUUAACGCCUGCCUCUACUUUAAGUCCUGCCACAGCUGCUAUACCUACUACUGCUCUCGCAACUGUCGCCGCGAAGACUGGGACGUCCACAAGGAGAGCUGCCUCUAUGGGCGAAUCGGUAGUGUGUGUCGCCACGUUAUUAAGCACUGUCGAGAAACCGCAGAGGUCCAUAAAGCUUUCUCCCGUAUUGCCAAAGUGGGAUACCUGUCUCGGGGCAGGGGUGUCUUGUUUUUGGGAUUUCCAAAUCCAGGUUCGUCCACAAAUUUCCUUCAGUUUGGACUAGAAAGUCUACUCAUGUCGCCAACAUACUUAUCUCUCCGUGAGCUGGAGAGCUUCAAGGAUAACCUUGGGGAAUAUUGCAAGGAGCUCCAAGAGGCGGGAAAGGAAUAUGACCCUAAUGAAUGUUUUCUCUUGAAUGUAUCCAUCGCUGUUGGUGAUAAAGUGCCUGACGGACCAUCGCCAAGGGUCCAAGCCCCAACCGUCAGGAAGUUUGCCAAGAUUGCUCUUGCCUCCUACAGCCCGGAAAAGAAGGUCCAUCGGAAGGAAAGCGACAUGGAGACGUUGAUCCUGACCCCACCGCCAGGUAUGGCUGACAUUGACAAGGAAGGUGAGGAGGGAAGGAAAGCCCGGGAGAUCUGCUUCAUCAACAUUCAGCGGGAGUUGAGGAUACGUGGGGUGUUUCUUCGCCAUGAGUAUCCCAAUGUCUACCAAAAGCUCUGUGAGUUUGUUGAGAAUAACAGGAGGUUCACACCCACUACUAUUUACCCUAUUGAUAAAAGGACUGGCAAGCAGUUCAUGUGCAUGAUAAUGGCAGCCUCUGAGCCACGAACUUUGGACUGGGUAGCCAACCCACAUCUCCUAGAUGACAUUAUUUAAACAAGUGCACCUUUUAUAUAUUAAAGCAUAGAUCUCACUAUAGUACAUAUCUAAAUAUAUCAAGCUUAUUUGUUAUACAUGUUUAUAGAUAUGUAUUUUGCUAAUGAAAAAAAUGUAUUCAUGUCUGCAAGGUCAGUAUUAUUCAGUGUUGGAAUAUUGCCCAUCAGAUGUUGAAUAUGAGUAAUUCACACUGUUUAUUCAUCGACUUGAUAUCUAGUCCCAGGAUUUGUUUAUGCUUCACUGGCAAUUACUGCCAUUCUUUGCUUUGUAGCAAUUCUCUUUUGAUAUUCUUUUAUUGUUCAUGAAGAGAGAGAGAAAAAAACAAUCCUUAUUUUGGCAAACUACAGAAUUAUGUACUUAUUUACAUCAGAGCUGAAUAUUUUUUCCUAUGCAAAAAAAAUUACCAACAUU